AUGGAAAAACUAUUACAUUGGUCAAUUGCGCAACAAGCAGGCGAUAAAGAUGCACUCGAAAAGAUUGGAGCACCUGAUCAAAAGGCAUUAAAUCAAUUGUUUGGGGGUCCAGAUGAAACAGCAUUGAUGAAGGAGAGCAUUUUAGUUGCCACCAACCCAGAGGUUAGUCUCGAAGACAAGGAAAUCGCCUUGGACAACUUUGAAAUGUUGAUUGAAAACUUGGACAAUGCAAACAAUAUCGGAAAUUUGAAACUUUGGGGAAAGAUAGUUGACUUGCUCAACGAUGAUGUGCCCGAUGAGUUGAGGGUUUUGGUUUGUGGAAUCAUUGGCACAGCAGUGCAAAACAAUCCUAAGUCACAAGAAGAUUUUGACCAGACCAAAGGAUUGGAAGUGUUGAUCAAUGUGGCAGAAACCACAAAGAGCAAAGAGUUGCAACUCAAGGCAUUAUACGCAAUUUCUUCAUUUAUCAGGAAUUAUAGAGCAGGAUACGAUAAAUUCGAUAAAUUGAAUGGGUGGAAGUUGUUAGACUUUGACAAUAAAGAUUCAAAAUACAAUAUACGAGUAUUGUCGAUAGUCUCAUCAGCAUUGAGUAAUGGUUUAAGUACACAAUUGGAGCAGAAAUUCAAAGAGAUUAAAUUGGUACACUACCUUGCCUCCGUCUUAAAUUUGGAUGCAAACACUAAUUUGGUUGACAAAUCCUUGAACAUAAUUUCAGAAUUGAAUCGCAUAAAGUACGACUACACUGCAGAGGAAAAGUAUGAGGUAGAUAGAGGAAUUCAGGUCGUUGAGGGUUUAAGCGACAAACUCAAUAUUGACGAUUUAAACGGUGCCAAACAGACUAGUAAAUAG